AGUUCUAGUAUGUCUGGCAACGCUAUCACUGAGUGUGAGUUCUUUUUUGUGCUGGUUUACAACAUAAAAGUGCUGCUCGCUUGAAGUUCAUAGAAUAAAAAAAUAUAAAUCAUUUACAAGAGGGCGCCCAGAAGAGGCAUCGCCUUUCCUAAACGGUUAAGACGGUGGAUAACCAUCCGAUUUCCUGAUUAAUUCCAAUAUCAAAACCAAGAGUUUGGUCCAAAGUGCGUGCGAUUGUGUUGGUGCGUUUAGUUUCGUGUGUGUGUGUGCGUGUGUCGUCGUAGCAGCAGCACCAAAAGUAGAAGAAGCAGAAUAAGCAGCAGCAGAAAAGGAGCAGCGGAAGAGGAAGAGAAGGUAGUCCAGGCAUUUGCCGGAACGGGAAAGGAACCGUAGCUUGGUACACUCGCCCCAAAGGAGAACGACAGAGAGAGAGUACGACAGUGAGAAAUGCAACAACAACCGGAGUCGGGCGGCGAGGAGAGCUGGUUGGAGGAGCAGUGUCACCGCGAAAUCCACGGUCAGCACGACGAAUUCGAACGGGAAUAUGUGCGUCAGCGGGACAACAAUCUGAGCACCGUUUGGGGAGCAUUCCAAGACUCGGCCACAGCCGUUGCCCAGCUCUACAGAGAGCGCUCAUCGAACACAUUUUCCUCAGACACAGGCGCCCUUUGGCUGCCAUUCCAAACCGCAGCUGGCACUGUGACAACACUUUACAAAGAAUCAUGUGAUGGUCUCAAACGCACCAGCGACGCUGCCAUUCAGUGCGGCUACCAAAGACGCACUCGCGAAUUGGCCGAUUGGGCGCGCAGCAAAAAACGCCGGAUGAUAAGGCGCGAGGAUCUUUUGGCCUAUCUGGCCGGAAAACCCCUACCGCCAUCUAAUUCAAAUCCACAUGCCAAUCGUCGGUCGCCGAAACCGGAGCAUCACCAUCAGAGCGGCAGCGGUGGCUCUGGCCUUGGAUUUCAUAGCUCCGGACUGGGAUUGACUAGCGGUCCGCCGACAGUCCCAGGUGGUGGACAUCUACUGUCAGCCGGAGCAGUCGGUGGUCGUCAGGAGGGAACUGGCGGUGCCACCGGCGGCGGUAUCGGCGAUGACUUGCACACCUUUAAGGAGGCCUUGGUUUUGCGUCCACGUGGCCCGGAACUCUUUGCAUUUGUUGCCAACGAAAUAGCGCGCCAUUGCAAAAGGCCCGGUAGCCCCAUCGACGACAAAAUGGACAUUUGCCAUUACAGCAGUAAACGCCAGCGCUUCAUGUAAUCCACUAGCAAUCGCGAUCCCAGCCCAAAGUAAAGCUACCGGUCAUCAAAACACCAACCAAGCCUCUCCACCAUUUGGAACUGAAAAAAGGAAACAUUGCGCGGAAAUUGCAUGAACACGGCUUACGGGAAAAUAAAAUUGUAAAUGUAUGUUUCGUUUUUCCGUAAAGAUAGUUGCCUGUCAUUUUUUUUUUUUAUAAAAGAACCCCUUUUCCCUCACUCCUUAGCACCUACAUAUAGCAAUUGUACGUAAAACACACACAAAAAUCACACAUUAAUAAUAUUAAGUUAUAAUUUAGUUAAUAGCACUUAAGUAAAAAGUCAUGCUGACAAUGAUGACAGCAGAAGAUGUUUAUGUUGGUGAAGAUAAUGUCGAUAUCGGACAUUAUUACACAAACUGUUGAUCAUUGUCAUUAUGCACUGCAACAAACGGAGUGAAGAGAAGUCUAGGAGUACGAUAUCUGUUAUAUGCCAGCUGUGCGUCUGAUUUAAAAUUAAGCAAAACAGUAAUAGCGAAUGGUAUUGUAAAAUUUAUAACCCCUUUUUGCGUUAUGCAAACCACAAAUGAAGCUGUGUAAAUAAUAUAACUGAGAGACACCACAAGAAAA